CUUCUUAGUCCAAUAGCACUGUUCUAAGACGAAGACAAACUAAUGUUCCAUAGGAAACAAUAAAUCAAUCCUCAUCAUUCUUGGUACCACCCAAUUAGACUGACGCGAACAGCUGGAGAAGGGAGAGGGCUUGGUGUUGUGACGCCCCACGUGUGUUUUGCACGAGAAUAAAUAACACGCGCGAGCACACAGCCGACAGCCCUUCAGCCUGUUAGACAGCAAAAUGCUGAAUUUCCAGCGGUUUCCUACAUCAGCACUUUGUGACAGUGAGAUUUAAUUUGCGGGUGAAUGACAAUGAUGAUAUAAUGCGAAAUUUUUGGAUGACCUUCUCAUCGGAAGCGCUGGGAAUGACAGUGUCUCCAGUUUUUCCAGUUUUACCUCAGGCAGCUGGAAGCCGCAAACCAUAAAGCGAGUCUUCACUGCAAGCCCGACACGGACGAAUGCCUUAAAUAUUAUUGUCAUCAUUCGUCAUGAUGGACUGUCUAUCACGGACUGCGUACUGGCCUCUUAUUCGCUUUCUGCUGCCGCUAGCCAUUACUAAUAUAGCCAUCGACUUCGGAGAACAGGCUCUAAACAGGGGCAUCGCUUCUGUGAAAGAGGACAGGGUUGAAAUGUUGGCCAGCUAUGGUCUGGCAUACUCGCUUAUGAAGUUCUUCACUGGACCCAUGAGUGACUUCAAAAAUGUGGGGCUCGUGUUUGUCAACAGUAAGAAGGAGAGAACCAAGGCGGUCCUCUGCAUGGUUGUGGCUGGGGUCAUUGCCAUCAUCCUUCACAUCCUAAUAGCUUACACAGAUCUGGGCUACUACAUCAUAAAUAAGCUUCACCAUGUGGAUGAUUCAGUUGGAAACAAGACAAGAAGGGCGUUCUUGUACCUCGCAGUAUUUCCAUUAUUAGAUGCAAUGGCAUGGAUUCAUGCUGGCAUCCUCCUGAAGCACAAGUACAGCCUGUUAGUGGGAUCUGCUUCCAUCUCUGAUGUUGUUGCGCAGAUAAUAUUUGUGGCGAUUCUUCUCCAGAGUAACCUGGAAUGUUUAGAGCCUCUUCUUAUACCCAUUCUCUCUCUGUACAUGGGAGCUCUGGUGCGGUUCACAAUCGUAGGACUGGGCUACUACUGUAACGUCCACGACAACAUUCCUGAAUCAACCAGCCUAGAACAUGGGGGCGACGCCACCAUAAGGAAGAUGCUUAGUUUCUGGUGGCCGCUUGCCCUCAUUUUGGCCACUCAGCGUAUCAGCAGGCCCAUCGUCAAUCUGUUUGUCUCUCGGGACCUCAAAGGUAGCACAGCAUCAACUGAAGCGGUAGCAGUACUAACAGCAACAUAUCCGGUUGGUCACAUGCCUUAUGGCUGGUUAACAGAACUGCGUGCCGUCUAUCCAGCUUUUGAUAAGAAUAACCCUACUAAUAAAUUAGCCAGUGGUCUGACGGUCACCAAAUCACAUAUCAAGAAGUUCACCCUUUGCUGUUUUCUCCUCUCCUUAACGAGUUUGAAUUAUGAGAAGACUACAAAAAUGUUAAUGCUGCUGUCACACAGGUCUACAGGAUUUCAGCUGGUGUUCCAAGACAAUAGCUACAAAAAAAUGUAUUUUUUAUUUUUAUUUUUUUUUUUAAGAUUUAUUUUUUGGCAUUUUGCCUUUAUUAGGAUAGGACAGAUCAGAACUGACAGGAAGUGAAGUGGGAGAGAGAUGGGGGCGGGGGCGCGAAAGGUCCUCGAGUCAGGAUUCGAACUCGGGACGCCCGUAGCGCAACAACACUGCAUGUCUGUAUUUGAUAUUAAAACCACAAACUCAUGAUGUUGGUUAUUUGUCUUUAUAUCCCAGGUUGAGCAUGCAUUGAUAUGCUGGUCUGCCACAUUACACAUUUUAUUGUUUUUUUGUCAGUGCAAACCACGUAUCCAUCCCUUCAUUUGGAUUUCAGUGUAAAAGGAAAAAGUCCUAAAGUGUUUGUGACAAGCACUGUGGUAUGAGUGAGCAAUGAAGCUUAAAGUCAAGUGCACAUUAUAUGACUCAAACCCAUGGCCUUUAACUUGGUCAGAUGUGGAGGAUCUUUCACUGUAAAUAGGCUUUGUAUCACAAUAGAGGAAUGCCCGUAGGCAGGGCGUCAAGCAGGCUUGACGUGAGACAAGUUGCGUAAUUUGGUUUUGCUGGAAUGAGAAGAGUCUCAUAACAAAGACGCAUUCAAAACUGACUGGCACAUCAAGGAUUAAGUGUAAUGAAGGAGUUGAAACUAAAUAUACACUAGAGAUAAUCCAUAUAGUGGUAUUCAUUAUUUUUUCAUUAGUGUUAAAUAUGCAUUACCAUUUUUUUUACUUUUAUUCUGCAAGGAUGCAUAAAUUAAUCAGAAGUGACAGUAUAUUGGAGAAUAUAUAUUGGAGAUCAAAAUUAGAGAACAACUUACAGUUUCUUAAAUUUCGAGGUCACUGCUUAGUUUGAAGUUGUCCUAACAGAGGUAAAAGCACAGUUUUUAAUCAUAUUUCAUGAGUUAAAUAUAUUCUGAAGCACAGUAUAAAAAAUGUAAAGGAGAUAUUCGAAAAAGAGCACUGAUCAAAAUUAGAGUGCAGUUUCAGAUACCUCCCAGCUAUUGGUGUUAACCUUGGCACCUGGUGCUAAUUUCCUUAAUUACCUGACAAACCCAAGUUAACUGGCAGCCUAGCUUUCCAGUUUUCACUGGCUUUGCAAGAUGGUGAUCCGUCGUAAAGUGACUGAAACCCUCUGACAGCAGGUUGUCCAGAUAAAGGCCAAAGGGCUGACCCUUUCAGCCAUUGCAAGAGAAGUUUGUCAUUCCAAAUCUGUGAUUUCUAGAAUAUUGCAUCUUUAGACUGUCACUAACUCUUUGAAGUCCCCCAAAAAGAUUGAUUGUCCACGAAAGACAAAUGCCCGAGAAGAUAGGAUAAUGCAGAGAAUCUCUAUGGGGAAUCGGUUCAACACUGCAGCUGGAAUUGCUUGCCAGUGGUGAAAAGAAUAAGGAUCUGUCUUGGCAUGUAUAAGAGAAGUUGGACUGAAAGCGCACUCUGCAGUGUCCAAGCCUCUCAUCAGCAGAAAGAAUCAAAAGGCUAAGCUCACUUUAGAAGCUGUCUAAUAGUUAGAAAGUCAGACUUGUAACCCAAAGGUUGUGGUUUUGAGUCUCUGUAAACGUAUUUGGGUCAGAUGGGAAACAUAUUGUUUGGUGUUAAACUGGGAAAAGACUGAACCCAAAGUGAGUGAAUGGUGGAGGAGGAACUGUCAUGGUUUGGGGGAAGUUUUCUGCAGCAAGAAUUGGGCCUCUUCAACAUGGCAGAGUGAAUGCAAAUGUUUAUCAGAACUUCCUGUGGCAACAUUUGGUUUCUUCCCUAUGUUAAUUGCCCAGUCAGCAAUUUUCAUGCAGGACAAUGCUCCCUGUCUUACAGCAAAAUAGGUAAAGCAGUUCCUUGAAGCUCAAAACACUGAAAUAAUGAAAUGGCCAGCCCAGAGUCCUGAUCUAAACUGAUUGAAAAUCUCUGGAAAUGCCUUGGUUAUGGCUGAGAAACCCACUACAGUCACCAACCUGUGGAAAAGACUGGAAGUAGAGUGGACCAAGAUCACACCAGAGCAGUAGAUGUGGCCACGGAUGUGCUGAAGUCAUUCAAAGCAAGGAGUUUUUGACUGCGGUUACCUUCAUAAAUUUUAGUCAUAAUCUUUCUUUGUGCUACAGUCAUUGCUGUUCUCUAAUUUUGAUCACUGUGUUUUCCACAAAAUAAAGAGUUUUUGUUGAAGUGCCUUGUAAGACUGUUCUACUAGCAUAGUAUAGACAUAACUAAAAUUCCUUCAAAUUUUGAUCUCACUGUACAUGAUGUAAAAUUUCAACACAAAACUGCAAAAUUAAGAAAUUAGUGCACAUACCUGUAUCUG